ACGAAAUAUUAAAAUACCCAGGUAGGUAGCGAUGACCAGGUCAAGAGAGAAGCUAUAGUGAUAAGUAUAAUCAAGAGCAACCAAUUACAAUUGCAUUAUAUACCCUCUACCACCCGAUACCAUCUGGUGCUUAAUUUAUACCUGAAUAGUCUCAUCUGGUUACCAAGUGGUGGAAGGCUUGAUUUUCGUCAAAGACCAUAACAGCAAUACGUAUAACAGACAAAGAGAUUGUUUUCAAACAAUUGUCGGGCGAUUUAUAACAACCUCGUUCCGCUACAGUUGAAGAAGCAUCGUGUAAUGGUUCAGUGACGCUGAUUAUUUACGACAACAUUGUUUUCAGGGUCUGGAUACCCCUAUAAUUGGCCGAAGAUGACAGGAGAAAAAGCAUCAUCGAACAUGGAGACAAAAGUCAUAUACGGAAAACGUGGUAGUAUCUUAGGAAAGAUCCCAAUCAAGAUGAGCAACCAAACUGCUCGUCAAAACGAUCGCCGAAGGAAUGAUAACAGACCAACUCAAACUAGACAGCCAGGCCUAAAUCGCCAACUUACCGCGAGGAACUCUGAAGAACUGCUUGACGCUGUAGGGAUCGCUUUACUUCAAGGUGUGGCGGAGGCAGACCAGUAUGUCCAUGCACAAGAACUCCAUGAAAACGUGGAAGACGGCCUUCCGGGACUUAACUUCCAAUUCGAACAAAGCGACUUGGUCGGAAAGUUUUUAGAUACAGGCUUCCACGAAGAGGACACACAUCGAAGGGUCAUACCGGAGAAUGAGUCGUUUUUCCCAAACCCUAUGGUUACCUUCCUUGUUGACCAGCCCCAGAAUCUCACUUGCCAGAUUUGUCUGGACAUGCCUGUCAAGUUGGCUUCCCGAGAUCAUGGAGGUACUGCAGAUUUAUCUGCGAUCCUCCCAUGUGGGCAUGUAGGGUGCUACCACUGUCUGAUAGCCUCACUUGAGCAGAAUUCCUCUUGUCCAUUCUGCAGGGAGAGACUAGUUUACGAAGAUUGUCGCCAUGAGGUCGAACCAAUUCCACUUACCUAUGGCAACAUUAUCUCGUUACCGAAGACUCUUUCCAAAGGGGGUGUCAUCGGCAAGAACUGUCGGGCUUGUGACGAAGAAGUGGAAUGUGAGAAGGCGGUCAAGAAAAUGAGGACAGCAGCUACUUUCGUUUCUAAUGCCUACCACCGCUUAGGAUCAUCCGCGGCCGGUUCAGAUGGAGCUGGGUUGUUAGACGGCGUUGUUGACCUUUUUGAACGUGUCCCGAGGGAGCACGUCCUCAGAGCUAAAACUCGAGAGGAGUGGUAAGUCGGGAGCCUACUAUCUGGCUGCGAUAGUUCUGAGUGUGAACAUUUCCUACAUUCAUUAAUUCAGUGACGUUUACUUGUUUUGUUUAGUUUGGGGGACCACACACUUUUGAAAUGUUUACUCUGGCAAGGGGCGUUUUAUGUUUGCUGUUUACUGUUUAGAGCUAAAUUGACCGCCUUAAAAUAAAAAUAAAAAAAUUCAAAAAAUGAUAAA